AUGGAGCACGAAAAAAAAAGCAAUAUCCUCAUUACACCUAUUCAGGAGUCUGAAGUUGGCUCGUUUUGUGAUGAAUCACUUUCGUUUCAGACUACCUCGAAAGAGCCUUCCUCUUUAGAGAAUAGAAUCGCGCACAGAAAACUGCUACCUCGUCAAGUUUCAAUGAUAGGAAUUGGCGGUGCCAUCGGUACCGCUCUUUUCGUGUCUAUUGGGACGAAGAUAAUUCAAGGUGGUCCUGCAUCCCUUCUGAUAGCUUUUUGUUUAUGGUCUGUUGUGUUUAUUGGCCUGUCACAGUCAAUGUGUGUAAUGGUAACAUACUUACCAGUCACAGGUUCCUUCGUACAUUUCACGGAACGAUUCGUGGAUCGCUCCUGUGGUUUCGCUGUCGGUUGGACCUACUUUGUAUGCCAGGCGGCAAAUGUAUGCUUUGAAAUAACUGCCGUAUGUUUGGUUGUUGAAUUUUGGACGGAUAAAAUACCGAAAGCCGCUUUGAUAUCAAUCAUGAUUAUCGUUUUCGGUAUCUUAAAUCUAUAUUCCGUCUUUUUCUUUGGUGAAGGAGAGUUUUAUCUGUCUAUUGGGAAGGUAAUUCUCGCUAUAGGACUCAUUUUGUUUACUGUAGUGGUAAUGUCGGGUGGAAACCCUGAGCAUAGGGUUUUGGGCUUCAAAAAUUGGAACAAUCCGGGGGCUUUCGCGGAAUAUAUUUCAACAGGAGCCUCAGGAAGGUUCAAUGGGUUUAUGUCGUGUCUGGUUUUUGCUCUGUACGUUUUUUGGGGAGUUGACUACCUUGGAAAUGCCGCCAGUGAAGCCAUGAACCCUAGGAAGGUAAUUCCAUCUUCUUUUAAAAAGGUCUUUGGCAGACUUAUCAUUUUUUAUAUCGGGGGCGCUAUUUGUGUCGGAAUUUUAAUUCCUUACAAUGAUCCUGAUAUGAUAAGAGCAAUCAGCGAAGGGGCCGUGGGUGCUGGAGCUUCGCCUUACGUAUCUGCCAUGAAAACUAUGGGAAUUAGAGUACUGCCCCAUAUCGUGAAUGUACUAAUAUUGACUUCGAUUAUAUCGGCAGGGAACUCCUCAUUAUACUCUGCGUCUAGAGUAUUACACCGUUUGGCACUUGAAGGCCAAGCUCCCAAAUGUUUCAAAAAGCUAACCAAACGUGGUGUGCCAAUCUAUUGUUGCAUUGCUGUUCUGGUAAUCUGCGGUUUGGCUUAUCUAUCUGUUUCCAAUAAUACAAAUGUUGUCCUGACAUGGUUUUUGAAUGUUGAAACCGCAGCAAUGGCAAUCGUGUACAUCUUCAUAUGUGUUUCGUACUUGCAAUUUCGUCGUGGAUGUAUAGCGCAAGGAGUAGAUCUCAAGACAUUGCCCUACUAUAGCAGGUGGUUACCUUAUUUGACGUGGCAUUCAUUGUUCUGGCUGACUCUCAUGCUAUUGGUGAGCGGGUAUACAGUCUUUUUGAAGGGAGGAUGGGAUACUCAAAGCUUUGUCUUUUCCUAUUUCAUGAUACCGUUUUUCAUUGUUUUCUUCAUCGCACACAAACUUUAUCUCAGAACUAGUUUUAUUAAACCCUCACAAAUGGAUUUAGUUUCAGGCUUAAAAGAACUUGCCGAGGAAGAUGAGUACUGGCGCGAAAACCCUCCGAAGUCAAAUUGGUUUGAUAAGGCUUUUGCUUUCAUAAUGUAA